AUGAAUGGAAUUUAAUAUAAAUCAAGAAAUAAUCAAAUUAUAUCUAAAAUUUUACAAAGGGAAGCUAAAAUAAAUCAACCAUACAAUAAUCGAUUACCAUCCUUAAAUUUAUCAGUUCCCACACAAAGAAACUAGAUCUAGAAAAAUCAACCAUAUAAAUAAUUUCGACUAACUAGAUAUAAGAAUGAGUCCAAAAUAUUAGGGAAUGAAUUAUUAAACAUAAAAAAGAAAUAGUUAACCUUUACAACCUUGAAUACACUUGAAGAAACAAUUUGA